AUGGCGUCAAAGUUCAUCGUUUUUGGCCCAGCCGGCCAGAUCGGCAGUGUCGCCGCCCUGACUGCCCACAAACUGGGCGCCGAGGUUGUCUUGGCCAUGCGCGAUACCACCAAAUCCAUCCCGAACUUUGACGGCGCCGCCAAUAUUGAGCGCGUGCAGGCAGACCUUACAGACCCGGCCUCGGUCCGCACCGCCGUCGAGAAGACGGGCGCCAAGAAUGCCUUCAUCUACGUGGUCUUCGGCGGCGAGUUUGGCAUGCGCUCAGCCGUGGAGGCGCUCAAGGCCGGCGGGGUCGAGUUUGUCAUCUUUGUCAGCAGCUUCUACACCUUUGGCGACGACCCGCACGCCGCGGCCGAGUCCAACGACGCCAUCACCAAGGUCCACGCCAUGGUCGAGGUGUCGCUGCACGAGGUCUUUGGGCCGGGAAGCUACGUCGCGCUCCGUCCGGGCUAUUUUGCCAGCAACCUGGGCCGGUACGCGCCGCUCAUCAAGUCGGGCAACGCGAGGCUCGAGACCCCGGACGCGAAGUGGGACUACAUCACCACCGACGACAUCGGCGCCGUCGCCGGCAACCUGGGUGCAAAGGGCCCCGCGGCGAUCAAGAGCGAGGUCGACGAGGGCCGGAGCCACAUCGUGCUGCUGGGUCCGCAGUUGGUCCCACUGCGGGACGCUGCACAGCUCGCCGCGCGCGCGGCGGGUCUGCCUGAGCCGGCUGUGGAGGGCUUCGAAAGCGACGAGGCGGCUUUGAAGUACGUGGUCGAAACUUACCACAUGCCCGAGCCGGUCGCACUGUCGUUGCUCAAGCCCCAGGAUGUGUACACCGAGGAGAGGCUCAAAACUGGCGCCGAAAACGUCCGGAAAUUUGCCGGGCGCCCGGCUGCCACUCUGGAGGAUUGGUUGACGGCGAACAAGCAGAAAUUUGUGUGA